CUACAAAAUCCCCAAACUCUCCUUUAUGCCUUUUCUUCUCUGUUGUGCUGUUUGUUACUCCUCAACAUUCCCUGACUCUUCUCGCACCUCGGCAUCUCGGCAUCAUACGAGUAUCACCCUCUAUCUACCAUGCGCUUCUCCCUAGCAAGGGAAAGUUGGUUCCUCGUUGCCUGUAUUGGGGCCAUUGUCAACCUGAACGCUGCCGCUGCGAGCGUGUUGGAAGUGGACCUGGUUUUCCCGCGCAACGAAACAUAUGCGCCCACCACCUGGUUUCCCGUCGUUUUUGCCUUCCAGAAUGCCGAGCGUGCGCGACUUCUCAACCCUCAUAUCUCCUACACUAUACGGAACUGGGACAACAUGCUUGGGAACGACGGCGCCAGCUUCUCCCACGACUUGCGAUUAGCAAACUGGUCUAGUCAUGACCCCUACUUUGUAUGCAACUACUUUCAUGAUGUCUUCGCGAAGGAGGGCCGUUGGUGGCUGACCUGGCAUGUGACUUGGGAAAGUUGCAAUGAGGUCGCCUUUUCCGCCGGGCUGAGCCGUGACAUGAUCCGCAACUCCUCGAGUUGGUCUGUCCUCUUCACCACCGACAAUUCUGCGCCAGAAAUCGAUCUUGUUGCUGUCACAAACAACAAAACCUGCCCCGCAGAACUAGGGGUUGCGAUCAACGUUACGGACAGAACCAUGGCAGUUCCUUUUGGGGUGGACUGGUCUGGCGGCGACACAUGUGCAGUGGUGGCGUCCUCCACCCCGACGCCCACCGCAAAUCCUAGUCAGGUUAAGGUCGACUCCGUUGUUGUUGCAAGCAUGUCUGCCUCCUUGGCGGCCACCUUGUGCAGGGGCAUAGACGCACCAGCUAAUUGUACAAAUGACGAUGAGAGUGUCGCCCAGCAACUCGUUGUUCCUGGCGUAUCUGUUGUCGGCAUAUCCUGCGUGCUAGCUGCAUUUGGAGCGUUUAUUUUUUUCUAAUGUGAAUAUAUUUGUG